AUGUUCUGCUUCAAGCCAUCCAUCCUCGCUGCUGUGGUUUUAUCCACAGCUACAGUCAACGCGUUGACGGGACAAGGUAGUUAUAUUGAUAAUAACCUCAAAACUACUUAUUUCACCCCGAACAGUUCUAUCGGAGCCUGUGGUGUAGCUCUGGAUUCCCAGACCGAUCUGAGCGUCGCUCUCUCCAGCGAUCAAUUUGGAGAUGGCGCGCAUUGUGGGGGGACGAUAAAGGUACAAUACAAUGCCAAGACCGCAGAGGCGACUGUCGUUGACAGAUGCGUCGCCUGCAGUGAAGCCGACCUCGAUCUUUCUCCUGCGGCGUUCCAGACACUUGCCAGUCUCGACGAUGAAGUUAUUGAGGUUACUUGGGACUACGAAUAG